UGUGAUGCUCAUUUCCUGUGUAGAAGGUGAUAGGAGGGAGGAAAAGCGCCCUCCAGCCCACCGGCCAGUGCAGUCAGCAGCAAACACACAUUUCUGGAAAAGCUGCCCCCACAGUCCAGCAAAGCUGCCAAGGAGACCUCUGGGGCAACACAUCUCGGAUCUUCCUUUGUUCCCAGUAAGUUAAAGUUCACGCUCAAAAUGGAAGACUCCGAUGCCCUCUCACUGUUGCAUGAUGGGUACCACAACUUGACAGAGCUGUUCCAUCUGCUCAACUCCACCUUCACCUACUGCCACCUAGGGCUGGAUGACAACAUUAAGCGGGUGUUCCUCUUUGUCCUCUAUCUCAUCAUCUUUGUGGUAGGGUUGGUGGAGAAUCUCUUGGUGAUUUGGGUCAAUUGGCAGACCCGAAGCCACAAGAACCUCGUUAAUCUGUACAUCUUCAACAUGGCCAUUGCAGACUUAGGAGCGAUCCUUUCCUUACCAUUUUGGAUGCUGGAAGCCAUGCUUGAUUACGCCUGGCACUGGGGAGACUUCCUAUGCCGCUUCACCCACUACUUUUACUACGCCAACAUGUAUAGCAGUAUCUACUUUCUCACCUGUCUCAGUGUUGACCGCUACGUGUCAUUGACAACCUCUUCUCCCUUUUGGCAUCGACACCAACACCUUAUACGACGCAUCGCUUGCUGUUGCAUAUGGGCCUUUGCUGCCAUUGUCCCUUUACCGGAGGUAGCACAUAUGGAAUUAACUGGGACAUUUCAGCCAGUCUGUUUCUUUAUGGCCCCCCUUGAGACCUACAGUGCUUGGGCCCUGACUCUCACUAUUCUUACGGCCUUAAUUGGGUUCCUUAUUCCCUUCUCGAUCAUGGCAGUCUUCAACAUACUGACUGCCAGACAUAUCAAGCACUCCAACAAGCCAGAGGGCAGGAAGCACUGUCGCCUCAUCUAUGCCUAUAUUAUUGUCUUCCUGGUUACUUGGCUACCAUUCCAUCUAAUGUUAUUCGUGUUCACACUGGAAGGUACCAGCAUUUUUCUCCACUGCUACUUGCUAGAUUUUCUUUACUUCUUUUAUGACAUCAUAGACUGCUUCGUUCUGGUCCACUGUGUGGUCAAUCCCAUCUUAUACAAUUUCCUGAGCAAGAACUUCCGAGGAAAGCUUAUCUCUGCUGUGGUCAGGUACAUCCCCAAAGACCAGAUUGAGCAGAGGGGUAAAGAGGGCUCCUCCAGCACCCAGCACUCUAUUGUCAUCACAAAAGAAAACAUACCACCAAAUUAAGGCUUAUGUUGGUUCACUGCCACACUGCCACUACAAGAUCUUGCACAUUCAGAGAUCUGUCAUUGGAAAAUGGAAGACUUUGCUAAAAUGCUAUCGCACCGUUUCCAAGUGUUGUCAGUGCCUCUUGCUUGGAACCCAGGGAAUUGGAGAUACAGGGUGAAAUAGCAGGGAUGUAAUAGGCUGCUGUGUCAAACCUACUGAAUGUAACCAACUGAGGAGUUAAGCUUUCUAUUGAUCCUCUUCUAUAUCACCUCCGAAUUCCUUGCCUCCAAGUAACUUUGGCAAUGAGCAAUGUUUUCUACUGCCCUGAAAUUCUAGUCAUGAAAAUACAUAUUUCUGUUUUCCCAUUUAUUUGUGCAGUUUGGGAUGACCAUUCCAUUCUGAAUUUUCAUUAGAAGAAAUG